GGAGCUGCUUUUGAGAAUUAUCAGAGGGCAACAACAUGUCGGCUCUAAAAGUGCACAGGGUGCUUCAACACAUCACAAGGUAUGGAUGGAGAUCUCAAUCUACUGCUCCUCAUGCUGCUGCAUCCUCCAGCCCAGGCUCUCCUGGAUUUAACUUUGAACUUAGUGAACAGCAGAAAGAGUUUCAAGCCACAGCACGGAAAUUUGCAAGAGAAGAAGUCAUGCCAGUAGCUGCACACUAUGAUAAGACUGGGGAGUAUCCUGUACCGCUCAUUAAAAGGGCAUGGGAGCUUGGUCUCAUGAAUGGGCACAUCCCUGAACAAUAUGGUGGCCUGGCCCUUGGGAUCUUUGAUACUUGUCUAAUUACAGAAGAAAUAGCGUAUGGGUGCACGGGAGUCCAAACAGCCAUAGAAGCCAAUUCUCUGGGACAAAUGCCGGUCAUUAUAGCAGGGAAUGAAGCUCAGCAAAAGAAGUAUUUAGGAAGAAUGACAGAAGAACCGUUAAUGUGUGCAUACUGUGUGACUGAGCCAGGAGCAGGUUCUGAUGUGGCAGGUCUGAAGACAAGAGCUGAGAAGAAGGGCAAUGAGUAUAUAAUAAAUGGACAGAAAAUGUGGAUUACAAAUGGUGGAAAAGCCAACUGGUAUUUUCUUCUUGCCCGAACCAAUCCCGACCCCAAAGUUUCUGCUGGUAAAGCUUUCACUGGAUUUAUUGUGGAUGCCAAUAGUCCUGGAAUACAGAUUGGCAGAAAGGAGAUGAACAUGGGGCAGCGCUGCUCAGAUACAAGAGGGAUUGUGUUUGAGGAUGUAAGAGUCCCAGCUGAAAAUGUCUUGAUUGGAGAAGGAGCCGGUUUUAAGAUUGCUAUGGGUGCUUUCGACAAAACUAGACCCCCGGUAGCUGCAGGAGCUGUGGGACUGGCACAGAGGGCUCUGGAUGAAGCCACCAAGUAUGCAGUGGAAAGAAAGACAUUUGGAAAAUUAAUUGCUGAGCAUCAAGCUGUUUCAUUCUUGCUGGCAGAAAUGGCAAUGAAAGUAGAACUGGCCAGACUGGCAUACCAGAGGGCAGCCUGGGAAAUUGAUUGUGGGAGAAGAAACACCUACUAUGCUUCUAUUGCCAAAGCAUACGCUGGAGACAUUGCCAAUCAGGUGGCAUCUGAUGCAGUCCAAGUAUUCGGUGGAAAUGGCUUUAACAGUGACUAUCCUGUAGAAAAGCUAAUGAGAGAUGCAAAAAUUUAUCAGAUCUAUGAGGGCACAGCACAAAUACAAAGACUGAUCAUUUCCCGGGAGCACAUUGGGAAGUACAAAGAAUGAAGAAAUCCUUCCAAGUAUUAGAAUUAAACAUUUAUAAGAGCUGUGAAUAUGUUCCGUCCUGCUUUGAAACACAUUCAGUGUUUAGUUUAAGCCUAAUGCAAGCCUUAAUAAAAUAUUUUCUACUGACAUCAGUAAUAAUCAUUGAACUGUCUCCUUUUGAUGCUGGCAGCAUGUGAGCUGGGAACAGUUUAUGUGCUGAGCAGUUAAUGAUCAAUGAAUUCAGAAUCAAGCAUCCUUGGCUCUUACUCGCUGCUUGCCUAGUUCCACAGGCUAACAAAAAGAGGCAUUCUGGGUACCUCAUGGGGGUAAUAGGAAAUAAUCAAAAUAUACUUUAAACCAAAGACAAAGGAUUAUUAAAGUAACUUUAUAUAUAUUUUUUCAGGAAGCGCACAGUUCUGAAGAUAGAAAAUCUCUCUAAUCUUAUUUCUCUCUAAAGAGCUUGGACAUUUCAUUAAAAUAAAAAACUUGCAAUUUGUAGUUCUAACAUUUACAAUUAUAUCUUUACUUUUCCCUCACAGAAUGUACAUUUUUGCAAAUAAAAUUAUAUAUAUGUAU